ACCUUAUCUAUAUGGAUGGAAAAAUUAGCUUCUAUAUUGAUAAUUGGCUUCCUUUCAGAAGUUGAUAUUAGAAGCAGCGCUAAGACUAUCUUCCCACUAAACAUGGCUUUUGCACCUCUAAACGAGCUUGGUCUUGCAGGUAUUACCCUUUCAAUUGUGUUCCUGACAAUUAUAUGGUACAAAAGGACAUCAAAUAUACCGCAGAAGACAGAACCUAGGUUGCCACCAGGGCCUCGUGGCCUUCCAAUUGUGGGAUUCUUACCAUUCCUCCGCCCCAAUUUGCACCACCAGCUUACAGAGUUGUCUCAACAGUAUGGUCCAAUAUACAAGUUUUGGCUAGGAAGCAAACUAUGCAUUGUGUUGAAUUCACUAUCCUUAGCCAAAGAAGUGGUUCGUGAUCAAGACUCCGUUUUUGCAAAUCGUGACCCUCCUAUUGCAGGAUUGCUGGCCACAUAUGGUGGAUUAGAUAAUGGACUUUCUCCCUAUGGCUCCUACUGGCAUGAUAUGCGCAAACUGUUUGUGAGCGAGAUGCUAAGCAACAGGAACCUUGAGGCUUGUUAUAGUCUUCGGAAACACGAGGUCAGAAAGGCAAUCAGAAACGUGCAUACCAAGAUUGGCUACCCCAUUGACAUUGGUGAAUUGGCUUUUGUAACUCAAAUGAAUGUAGUCAUGAGUAUGAUCUUUGGCAGUAAUUUUGUAGAGGAGAAGGAGAAGCAUGCAAAAGAUGGAGCUGAGUUCAGGGAAUUGGUGAUAAAAUUUCUCCAAAUGUUGGCAAAGCCAAACAUAUCAGACUUCUUCCCUAUGCUUGCCAGGUUUGAUUUACAAGGAAUACAGAAAGAGAUGGAGGCUCUUUUGAAGUCUUUUGAAAGUAUAUUGGACCCUGCCAUAAACGAAUGCAUGAAGAUGCUUUCGGACAAAAGAGAUGGUAAAAUUCAGGGGAAUGCUAAGAAGGAUUUUGUGCAGAUCCUAUUAGAGCUAAUGGAGCAGAAAAAUAUUGGUAUAUCAGUGGACUUGGUGAAAAUAAAGGCCAUCUUGCUGGACAUUGUGAUUGGUGGGACUGACACAACAAUCACGAUGAUUGAAUGGGUAAUGGCGGAGCUUCUGAAUAACCCGAAGGUAAUGACAAAGGUGCAGAAGGGACUGAAAAAUGUCGUAGGGAUGAAUAACAUUGUUGAAGAAUCCCAUUUACCAAAACUACACUAUCUUGAUGCAGUUGUAAAGGAGACAUUGCGUCUACAUCCUGCAUUACCACUGCUUGUGCCUAAGCGCCCAAGCCAAUCUGCAAUAGUAGGCGGAUACACAAUACCUAAGGGAACUAAACUACUCUUGAAUGUUUAUGCAAUUCAUAGGGAUCCUCAAGUGUGGGAAAAUCCAUUGAAUUUUCAGCCUGAAAGAUUCUUGAGUCACUCUACAAAUUUAAACUAUACAGGCAAUAAUUUCAAGUACCUUCCAUUUGGAUCAGGGAGGAGAAUUUGUGCUGGCCUUCCUUUAGCUGAGAAAAUGCUUAUGUUUGUAUUGGCCUCAUUGCUGCAUUCCUAUGAUUGGAAACUACCAGAGGGAGAAAAUGUUGAUCUUUCAGAUGGAUUUGGACUUGUCAAGAAGAAAAGCAAGAGCCUAUUCGCCAUCCCUACUCCCAGGUUACCACAUUUACAACUCUAUCAGUAAAACCAAGAAACCAUAAGGAAGAUGAAUUAGAGAUUUUGAAUAAAGGGGCUUGACUUGAUUUUGUCCACUGGUUGUAAUAUUUAUAAGAUCAAAGUGUAAUAUUGGAUUAAAUGAAUUCAACUAAUGUAACUUUCAUAUGAUUUUUUGUGCACUAAA